CUCUCUCUGUCAAAUAAAUAAAUAAAAUCUUUUUAAAAAUUAAAUAAAACUCUUCUUGAUUAUACAUAUUCAAAGUAUUGAGACAAAAUAUAUGUAUAUUUCUUUAUUUUUAAAUUUCAAAAGCUGCAAUAGAAAUGCAAGAAAAUAGGGAAAUCCCUUUUAGGAAGAUGGCCCCUGCCCCUCCCAAAGCCGAAGCCAAAGCAAAGGCUUUGAAAGCCAAGAAAGCAGUGCUGAAAGGCGUCCACAGUCACAAAAAAAAGAAGAUCCGCACAUCACCUACGUUCCAACGACCCAAGACUCUGUGUCUCCGAAGGCAACCUAAAUACCCUCAAAAGAGCGCCCCCAGAAGAAACAAGCUUGACCACUAUGCCAUCAUCAAGUUCCCCCUAACUACUGAGUCAGCCAUGAAGAAAAUAGAAGACAACAACACACUUGUGUUCACUGUGGAUGUCAAGGCCAACAAGCACCAGAUCAAACAGGCUGUGAAGAAGCUCUAUGACAUUGAUGUAGCCAAGGUCAACACCUUAAUCAGGCCUGAUGGAGAGAAGAAGGCAUACAUUCGGCUGGCCCCUGACUAUGAUGCUUUGGAUGUUGCCAACAAAAUUGGGAUCAUCUAA